AUGAUUAAAAGCAUAUGUCUUGGUAGUCCCACGUACAUUAGACAAAAUGUGCAAAGUAAUCAAGAAUAUUUAAUAUGGUUAUUCGAAGCAAGUUUAGCAUUUGAUAUUUUAAAUCUGAGUGAUAAUUUAUCCUUAAUUAAAUGCCACAACAAGCAAUUGCAGUUGAUGGAUCUUGUUAAUCAGAUAAGAAUGGAAUGCAAGCUGCAUAGUAAAGAAAUUCAUUCAAAAAUAAUCAUUUAUUUGGUAAUCUUACAAUCACAUUAG